CUGUGUGUGAGGGUGCUGGGUGGGGGCUGUGGUGGAGUAGAGGCCAAUGGAGGCCCUUCCAGGCAACUGUAGUGAGGGUUCUGUAGUGGUUGUGCGAAAGCGGGGCUCGGAGCAGAGGAUGUUUCAGGUGUCCGCGGGCGAGUUAUCCUCGGAGAUGUUAAAUAUAUCCAAGAAAUCAGAUUCCUACUUUGCAAACUUCUCCAGACUACAGCAGAUCACAGAGAUUCAAGCUGAAAUCUACCAGAAAAACUUGGAAAUUGAACUUUUAAGACUAGAAAAAGAUACAGCAGAUGUUGUUCAUCCUUCCUUUUUGGCUCAGAAGUGUCAUACUCUGCAAAGCAUGAAUAAUCAUUUGGAAGCAGUGCUAAAAGAGAAGAGGUCCCUCAGGCAAAGACUGUUGAAACCCACGUGCCAGGAAAACUUGCCUAUUGAAGCUGUUUAUCACAGCUGUAUGGUACAUUUGCUGGAAUUGGCAGUAACUUUCAUUGAAAGAUUGGAAAACCAUCUUGAAACAAUUAAAAAUAUCCCUCAUUUGGAUGAAAAUCUAAAGAAAAUGAGUAUGGCUUUAGCAAAAAUGGAUAUGUUGGUGACUGAGACAGAAGAACUGGCAGAGAAUAUACUCAAGUGGCGAGAACAACAAAAGGAAGUUUCCUCUUAUAUCCCCAAAAUACUAGCAGAAGAAAACUAUCUGCAUAAACAUGAUGUUGUAAUGCCUUCUUUACCUUUUACUUCUAAAGUUCAUGUCCAAACUGUUAAUGCCAAGUGACUUGUCAACUUUAUUUUUGCCUAAUUGUAUGUAUUAUGUGAAGUCUUUUUCUAACCAGUUGUAAUAUGGGCAUGUAUAAGCUCUGCUGCUAGCAGUACUGAAAGAGCCCUCUUUAUAUUGAAACAGUAAGAGUCCAAGUUCAUUGAGACCAAAUUGAGUUUUCCUUUGUUUUUCACAUAUUUUCAUUAUACUUUACAGUAAAACUCUUGAAAAUUAAAUAUGAGUUUAUUAA